AUGUAUUCCGAAGCUAAGCAAACACAACAGUCAUGGCGCACUCAUUCACCACCAUCGUACUACCCAAACGAGGAUGAUUUGAAAAGUCCUUAUGAGAAAGCGUCAUCAAACGAAGAUGAUCAUUUGGACUCUCAAUUAAGCAUUCUUGAAUCCUACAACACAAUUUUCAUCUUGGAUGACUCUGGAUCCAUGCUCGGCCCGUCCGGUGUCGGUAACCGAACGCUCUGGCAACUUGUUCGUCGGAGAUAUCCUCUAAAUUUCUGGCGUCAGGCUGAUCAUGUAUAUUUUACGCAGGCUGUUGAAGCACUGAGACCGCUUGCUCUCAAAGCCGCGAAAUACGAUGACGACGGCGUAGAUAUUUAUCUUAUUAAUCAGUAUUGUCAAGGAAAUAACCUAAAGGAUGCACAGAGUAUUGAGAGGUUCUUCUUGGGAUUGAACGCCAAGCGCCAAGCGUUGACUGACAUUGGUCGAAAACUCGAAGACGUGACGCGAGCUUAUUUGUCCGAUAUCAGACUGGGCAAGCCGUGCAAACCACUGAACGUUAUAAUAAUAACGGACGGCGCACCCACCGAUAAAAGUGACUUGGAAGCCUACAUAAACAGUACAGCCAAACUCCUUGAAGCAGGAAAUUAUCCGCCCUCACAGGUAAAACCCCCACGCUUCCGAAUUUAUCAGUCUCUCAACAAAAGCAUCGCACAGUUUGGAAUCCAAUUUAUACAAAUCGGCAAUGAUCGAGAGGCCACUGCAUAUCUUGACAAACUCGACGACGACCGUGAUGAACGAAAACGUAAGAGGCUCAGCUUUUGGUCAAGAAAACCAAAGCAGCGUGCUGCUCGCGAUAUCGUUGAUACUACAAAAUCAGUUCCCAACAGCCAGUUCAACAGCGAAUAUCUGGCGAAAGCACUUCUCGGAGGCAUUCACCGCAGGAUUGAUAAAGAGGGAGCCAGAAGGGUAGAGGGCUAG